AUGAAACAUGGUGUACGGACAGCUUUGCUCGAAUUGAUUGAACAGAUAACGUAAAUCGUAUGGGAUCUGAUUAAAGUUGAACAUAUUGCGUGUAAUGACACGGAAAUAAAUUACAGUGAUCUGUAGUGCUUUCCUUUUCUGUUCAAUUAUAUCGACAACGUGUUUCUAAUUCUUCUUCAACCGGAGAAAUAAUAAUACUUUAUGUUCGUGAGUGUAAACUGGUCGUGAGAUUGAUGCGUUUUACAUCUCGUUGCUUCAUUUCUACAGAGCUGUAUUCGAGAUUAUUCGUCGCAACGUUCGCGGCUCUCCUUUUAAUACUUCGUUGUGUCAGCAAAAUUUUAAGCCUCCAUCCAGCAUAUUUCUCGACAAUGAUAUACACGGUAGAUCGAUAGGGACUGGCCGUGAUAAAGACGGGCGAGCGUUUCAGACUUCAGGGAUGUUGCAGUGCUGUGGUGUUGGAGGUGGCGCUUCCACGGCACCUCAGGCUCCGCAGCUGCAGGAUACCGGAUCUGCUGUCGGGAUUACCACCUCCACGAAAACCACCAUCAUGCAGGACGCAGUUCUUGAAUCUAUCCUCGAGCAAAUGCGUGAAACGGAGGCUCGGAAAGCGGAACUGGAGCACCAGCAUGCAGAGGCACAGAACCAGCUACGCGAAAAGAUAGCAGGACGGUAUCAAGGGCCGGAGUCGGUCGAGGCACUGCAGUCGAAGAUAAGGGAACUCGAGAAAAAGACGGAGCUACAAAUGGUCAGGCACGAAGAAUUGUCCUUAGAGUUAACAAGCCUGAGACGUGCGCGAAGCAGAGGGCCGAUGGUAGGCCAUUCCGUCAUUCCCACUACUUGGCCUCCAACUGGUUCUGAAAUCGACAGAAUAAUAGCGAAAAUAGAACAGGAUAAUAGCGCUAGUAGAAUGGUACACGAUUUGGAUCAUGCUCGAGGAACCAUCACCACGCAACAACCCUCAGUCACACAGGGUAUUUUGCGAUCUAGCUCGGAGAACCUGCCUAAUCUCAGCCAGCAUCAACAUCCGCCUCAUCCGCACGCUCUCAGCCUGAGAAUGCCAACGCAGAUGAGUUACGUAUGUAAAUCACCGUUUUGUAUAUACCUUUGGUUGUUAUUUUUCCACUGGUGCAAAGCUUGUCACUUGCCCCAUGCAUCUACCGAGAGUUUGAAACAGUAUGCAGGCUCACCGAUGCCCUUGACACCGAUGAUGCCCGGCUGUCCACCGCUGACCCCAAACGGACCACCGUAUCACUACAGCGAGCCGAUUCCACCGGCACCGUCGCUCUCCACCAGUCAGUCUCAACCAGUUUUCCAACAGAAGAUGCAACAGUAUCAACAACCGCAGCCGACACACACCGAGCUACUGAGCUCUCACUCUCAAAGCCUGCUGCAGAAACAACAGCAGAAGCAACAACAAACGCACAGCCAUUUCACGAGCAGUCAGUAUCAGGAGACUUAUCCGCAUACGCAGACCUAUCAACAGCCGCUCCAGCAGCAACAACAACAACAACCACAGUCGCAACAUCCGGCCUCUACAACGUACCUGACGUCAUCGAGCCAAAGCAUAAUACCUCAUUACUCGCAGCACACGCAGACCGCCCAGAAUUUCCAAUUGAACGGAAGUCAGCAGGCAACAACAUAUCCAAGUUUGUCCAUUACGUCGCAUCCAAACGGAACCUAUAGUACAGGGGCGAGUAGCUUUAGCACUGGACAGCUGUCGCAUACCAAUUUCUCCGCUCCGCAAACAAGCAUUCCACAAACUACGUUAUCCUCGUUGCCACCCUAUUCGACAACGUCCUUUCAUUCCACUCUCGGUGCACUUACCAGUGUGCCUCAGACUGCCCUGCCCUUCUCCAACGUACAGAGCAGUUUCACCACCAGCGGAUCCACCUAUUCUACCGUCGGGACCAAUGCUUUUGGCACGUCAGGCAUGAGUUCUGGCUUGUUACAAGCAAUAAGCGAUCCUCUCCAAGCAAUGCAACAACUAUCCGUGCAAUCACAAGCGAAUCACCUUCAACAGCAAGCCAUCAUCCAACAGAUUCAGCAAAGUUUACGCGCUAGUUCGCCAACAGCACCUGCCACGACGGGCCAUCAUUUCCUUGGUUCGAGACAGAUGCCAAAGAUACCGAGUAGUAUACUUUCUAAUCCCCUGGAUCGGCUGACCAAUGACAAUAUCGUGACCGAGGGUCAAGUGGACAUGCUGGAUAUACCCGGCAAAGGCAGAUGUUACGUUUACAUCGCUCGUUUCACGUACGAGCCGUUCCAGCAUUCGCCAAACGAGAACCCGGAAGCGGAGCUGCCUGUUCAGGGUGGCGAUUACCUUCUCGUUUGGGGGCAAACUGACGAUGAUGGUUUCCUCGACGCGGAAACGCUCGACGGUAGACGCGGCCUCGUCCCAGCUAAUUUCGUUCAGAAAUUGGUCGGCGACGACCUGCUUGAAUUUCACCAAGCUGUUCUCGGCCUCAGAGAUGUCGACGACUCUGUUUCGACUAAUAUCCCCCAAGUGAGCAAUGAUAUCGACCUGGAGUUGGCCGCUCUCGAGGAGGGGAAUCGUAAUCGUCAAGCUGAACUGUCCGCGUACGCGGAGCUCGAUAACAUUGCGGAGGAAGACGAACAAGAGCCACCAGGUUAG